CGAUUUCAAACCAUCACAAAAUUGUAGCGCCAUCUGCCCACUUGUCAAUUUUUGACAUUUCACCUUUUUCUCUGCUUUUAGUCGAUUGUCAGAUAUCAGCAGUAAUUUCGGUAGGCAGCGAAAUUUUUCGCAACAAAUUUGACCACUACAAUAAUCUUAAUUACAUUUCGAACUUUCAAAAAUACGAGUUUUGAAUAAAAUUUCAAAUAUGAUGAACGCAGUAACUCGUGCUUACCUACGCGCUGGCAGCCAGUCCGUGUCCAAUGUGCUCAAACCAGCAACAGUGGCAUCCGCUCAAGUUCAACGCAAUGCACACACUGACUUGCAGGUGCCUGACUUCUCUCCCUACCGUCGUGAGUCUGUAAAUACACCCACCCGCAAGGAUGAGUCGGCAGAGAGUCGCAAAGCGUUCUCCUACAUGCUGAUUGGUGCCGGUGCUGUAGGCAGUGCUUACGCUGCUAAAGGACUCGUAACAACUUUCGUAAGCUCGAUGAGCGCAACCGCUGAUGUAUUGGCCAUGGCUAAGAUUGAAAUCAAACUUGGUGAUAUUCCAGAAGGCAAAUCUGUCACAUUCAAAUGGCGUGGUAAGCCUUUGUUCAUUCGUCAUCGUACAGCUGGUGAAAUUCAAACGGAACGCGCUGUUGCUGUAUCUACUUUACGUGAUCCUCAAGGCGAUGACCAACGUGUACUCAAACCAGAAUGGUUGGUGGUAAUCGGUGUUUGCACACAUUUGGGUUGUGUACCAAUUGCCAAUGCAGGCGACUUUGGCGGUUAUUACUGCCCUUGCCAUGGUUCUCACUACGAUGCCUCCGGACGUAUACGCAAGGGACCAGCACCGUUGAACUUGGAAGUACCCGCUCAUGUAUUCCCUGAUGACGGCACUUUGGUUGUUGGUUAAGCACAUUGAUAUUUAGUUAAAUAGAAAAAAUCGAAGUGGAAAGUGUAAACAUAAUUUAGAACUCAAUAAAAAGCAGUGAGGCAAAAAGUGAUUCGACGAUAUGUAUGAUGAGUUACAUAUGAGGUGAUCUUCACUCAAAGCAAAUACUACAAUUAUAUCAUUCUGACUUUAUAUUAUUUAUAACAGCUAUUUAUACAUAUAUACAUAUAUUUGUUUUUAAAAAAUGUGUGUUAGAAGAUUUGUUUUUGAAAAAUAACAAUUGCAACCAACGGCGUGAAUACAUUGAAAUUAUUUGAUUAAUAGAUUUCUUAGUAGAACUUACAUCUAACCCAAGACGUACAAAGUGAUAGUACAGUAUAAAACGUUUCCCAAUUAGUUUUAGAGACUUGACUAUCAGACGAAUAGCUAUAUAACCACUUCAUCACUGCAAUUAUCAUUACAUUCCAAAAUUAAAAGAUUUAGUAUUCGUCUGGCAACAAUCAUACCUAUUGUGAAUGAUAAUACGAAAAUAAAUUGGAAAAACGGCAAAAACAAAGUCAUAUGUCAUUCGAUAAAUGACAAAUCAGUAUUUGUGAAAUUUCAAGAUGGAUUGGAGCUUUUUAAAACCGCUUAUAGCGAGUCGAUAUGGUUCCUUUACUAAAGCAGAUAUAGUUAAUGUGGUUAAAGCCAUAUCAAGAUGUGAAAACGAUUUUUUCGAUGAUGAAAGUAAUUAUGCGCAAUUUUAUAUGGCCUUUGCAGCAGUUGCUGCAGACAAAUUGAGCCAAUGUAAACUUGUUUGUCAAACACAGUUGCCGCAAAUACAGGAGGCUUGUGCGGUACUUAUACGAUUCAUAAUCCACAAAUUGAGCAAAAUAACUAAGAAACCAAGCUACACACAAUCUCUUAGAGACGAGAUAAAAUGGCUGUUACCCUGUUUGAAAAGCCUUUGCGAGGGGAAACCUCCACAAAACGCUACAUUAAAAAAUCCCCAUCCUGGAGUAGCUGGACUGCUACAUUUAGAUUUCAAUGUCGUAGCAGCUGUAUUAAAAGCUGCAAAGUAUCCUGAACCCAACAAAAGCAUUGUAACUGGUGGUGAUAAGGAGUCUCCAAAAUCGGAGAUUAAACGUUCGCGUUCAGAUUUAUCAACGGUGAUAUUUCAACAGUUAACUGCACCGCUGGAAGCUGGAAAAAAUUCAUGGUCACCACUAAGUGAUGAAAUCACAGAUUGUGCAGAUAUUUUCACCAUAGCGAAUGUUGCAUAUUUACAAUCACUAAAUGGAGCCGAUGUUAUACUUGAUGUGUGUAUUUCGUUGCCCAUUUUGGCACGUUAUCGAGCCAAAUAUCAGGAAACUAUUGCGGCUAUUAAUACAAAACCAUUGUAUUUGCCACUAACACAAACUGAGGCUACACAAAUAAAGAAUACGCUUUCCCACAUGGUUACUGACAUCUCUAUCCUGUGGCAAGCUUUAUCAUUGCCCAUCAUGCAACCGCUUUCACCUAGUCGUAUAACAAAACUAUCCAAUUGCGCUAUUUCAGCACUUUACUGCGCUGUAUUAACAUCGAUUGCGAGUAGCGUGCUUAGCAUGUCAAGCUCAUCGUCCUCACAGAAGAGUCAACAAUCUUCUGGUGGUGGUAGUGGCGCACAAUCUAAAGAAACUGAUGAAACUGAAGAGCACUCACGUUUUAUUGUUGACAAAGCAUUGGAAAUUUACACUAUUAUAGGUAAUGUCUUCAAAACAUCUGCGCGUUCGCAUGUAUAUCAGAAUCACUUGUGUUUUGGUGCCUGGUUAUUGGUUAGUGGCAUACAAGGUGCUCUUGGUGCCUCAGGUAGCGGUAGCACAAGUAGUAAAUCGGGAGCACAACUCGAAGAUGCAGCUAAAUCUAAAACGACAGUUGGCGCCACCCAACGUCCACCAGACACACCAUCCACACCAACAGCACGUGUAAAUCUCUUCAAAGUUCAACAAGGCUUUGGAGUACUAAAUGCCGCAAUAGCCAAUCAUUGUAUUAAAUUGCUGAGUGAACUAGUAGAAGAUUUAAAAAUUGAAUCCACUUGCAACGAUAUUGGUGUAAACAACACCAAUCAGAAUUUACCAGAACCAGCUAGUUUCGAUAUACUAGAAAACUAUACAUCACUUCAGCGUUUAAUACGUGUACUCAACACCGCUACACUACAUCAACUUUUCACUUUUCUUGCAACAGUCGCUUAUCGUAAAGCGUGCGCACUUAAACGUGCAAACGCCAAAGAUCGCACUGAAUGUGAAGCCAUUAGCUACUCGGAUUCAACAACAUACUUUAAUGAUACACUAUCCUGCUCCGAUAAUUCUGAAGAAGAUGAUAGCGAAAGUUAUUUGGGCCAUUGGUUCAAGGAAACCCUCUCACCCGAGGGUAAUGAUGACACGGCAAAUGCGCAGGCACCAGAGCGUAGCAGUGAACCGCAAAAGUCAAAUUUAGUACCAGCCGUUGAUGAGCCACAUGAAUAUUUAGAUUUAGCAGCACAAAUAUUUUGUUUCAUGGAACAAUUUUUCGCCAACAAACAUGCCUAUUUACAUCGCUAUGUAAAAGCUGGUUUGAGCGACCAACAAAUGUUACUAUUGGCAAAUAUACUAAAAGACCUUGAUCGUGAUACAGCACGUGGCGAAGCUGAGGCGUCCACGUGUGCCAAAUGGCAAGCUGCCAUGAUACGUUUUUCCGGUGCAGUUGGUCGCUAUUUGCACAACUUAAUAUCGGCUUCAUUGCUAAGUGAAACUUUGCAAUCCAAUUUACUACAACAUCUUUCGAUUUCGCCUUGGUCAACCGAUACCAAUGCCUGGCCGCUACAGGUAUAUCCAAGCACCUUAUCAGUGCUAGUGCAAAUUCUAUUGCUUAAGCCAACACAGGAAAAAGAAGCUGCCUGCCUAUCUGUAUGGCACCGUUUAAUUAACACACUCGUCGAAGGUGUUUGUUGCACUUCUGUUGCAAGUACUGCAUCUGAUGUCGACUAUGAGGACCUUAAUAUGGAGCAUGCGCAACUGCUGCUAUUUCUUUUCCAUUCAUUAAAUUUAAUGCAAAAGAAAAUGAUAUUGUUGCUAACAGCCGGUGCUGUGACACGUUGCGCUGAAGUAUGUCGGGGCAUUUCCCCAGAUAAGCCUGUACGCAAUAGUCAAAUAAUACUGCUAUCACGUUUGUUACUCUUCCUUGAGUAUCUAAUGAAACAUUUGUACAAUGCACCACCUGAACUGUUGGAUCAGGUGCGUUGGAAUUUAUUUAGCAUAACAACAAUGCAUGAAAAUCAAAAAGUUUCCGAUUUGCUUAAUAGCAAAACGAAACUGACAUCUUUCUGCCGCAAAGAUAUUGAAGAGAAAUUCCGCAAAUCAUCAUCGGACUAUCUUUCAAAUAUACGUCCUACUUUCUAUUCACUAACUGUGGUCGAUCAAUCUGCUACUUCGACACAACAGGAAUUCAAACUUGAUGGACUAGCAUGGAAUUUCAUACUGUGCACACCCGACAAAUUGAAAUAUCCGCUUCUAGUCGAUGCGCUAAUCGAUAUACUUUCCGUGACUGACAUGUCACAAAGUAAAAUCACUUCACAUACUUUAUGCGCUAUGCAAUAUUGUUUUAGCAUCUGUUGGAAAUUACUACUCGGUUUGCCCCCUUCAACGGUUCACGUUGAAUCAUUGCUCGAAGAUAAAGUGCCAAAUUUGCACUCGUUGCUGUGGUCUAUACGUUGUCCUAUGUCAACAUCGCACUAUUUGAUUGUGAACAGUUUAAUCAAGCAAGGCAUGUAUACACAGUUUGCAGAAACGCUUUGGUCAAAUGUCAGUGAUCGUGUUAGCGAUAUUAGUUUCAGUUUGAAACAGACAUUACUGGGCGUGGAAUCAUUCAACAAUGCCGUAGAUAAAAUUAAUCCACGCUUAUCACAUAUUAUACUGCUCGAUGCUGUUGUUGCGCACAUGCAAGCUGUAGCAUGGGCCGCAAAAGAAGGGAUUAAACUACAACGUGCUGCUGCAAGCAGCAAUAAUAGUGGCAGCGCUAGCCCUAGCCUGCCCAGCUCUAAUUCACCAAUUACAACGGGCGAACAAGAUGUUUAUUCUUCUUCGGAAUCGUUGGAUCAAAAAAAUAAAUCUGAUUCACCAUCUACCUUGCUACAAGAACGUGCCCAAACUAGUCGUGAUCUACUAUUGUUAUUAAUUGAAACUUACAAAAUUGUUUCGGAAACUGUACGCAGCAAAAUGACAUUACAACUCACAGACGCCACACCCGUUAAUAUACUGAAUCUGAUCGUGCCAAUUGUUAGCUCGAAAAAUCCACUUACAACCGAAUUAAAAGCAACAUUUAUAAAACUCUUGCCGAAUCAGGAUAAAGAUAUAAUCAAUGUUGAAUGGCCAAAGUGCUUACUGAUAUCAGACGGUACUAUAUUCACCAAACCCAACUAUCCAGUGGAGGAAUAUACCUUAGCAGUGAUUGAAGCGCAUAUUGCUGAGCUAACACGCUACAAUAAUUAUACCUUAUUGAAUUCGCUGAAACACUGUAUGAAGUCCAUACUAAGUCUAAUUGAUUUACUACUACCAUAUUGCAAUGUUGAUAUUGCGCCCAGCACUGGCGCUGCCAAUGUCGGUGUGGAUAUUGAAAAUGAAUUAAAAUCCAUACUUAUAUCGACCAUGUUGGAUGUACGUACGGAAUAUGUGUACGAAAAAGGUGAGAAAUGCAUGCACACGCUAAUGACUGGACAUGAUAGCAGCAACGAAGCACAACAGCUGCUCGUAUACGAGUACACAUUGCGACACUGUUACAAGCUCCUUUUAGAAUUUGCCCGUGAAUUACGUCAAUCGCAGGGAAACACGAGUAAGGUGAUCUUUAGCGAGGUAAUGCUUUUCUCUGUACUAAAGACUAUGACACAGAUGCUUGAAAAACCCACCGGUGUCAAGGCAAUGCAUAAUUUCUUCUACGUAAAUAAAGCGGGUAGCAUGGUUGAGCUGCUAUUAUCCUUCACAGGCACCACAAUGUCUGUUUGUUACGCCAAAAAGCUAUUACAAUUCGUUGAGAAGCUCUUCCAAUUGGCCGAACAAAGUGAUUGCAACUUUCCAAUGGAGGAUUUGCUACAAUGCUUUAAUGAAUUGGCAUAUUUUCAUGUACCUCAUAUAAAAGAUUGGUUAAGUCAUAUUAUUUAUGGUCCCAGUUGCGCCACGGGCGGUUCUGAUACGGUAGAUAAAGUGCUUGCAAGCAUGCAACCCUCAAGUACACCCUCAAGUAAUGCACAAACACCAACAAAUAUGGCUACAGUGUCAGCGAUACCAAGCAUAACGGAUCAAUUGGCACAAUCCUCUGGCUUGGACGCAGAAGCCAUGGAAACCGAAGAUGAUGGAGCAAUAGCUUGCGCACCCACAAUACAGGCUGAGACAUUUAACCUUUGGCAAAAUGUCGGUAACAGUUAUGUGACAAAUCAAUCGGAUGAAACAUCACAAGAUGCCGAAGCCUGCGAACGCAACGGUGCACUUUUAUUAAGCGUUGUGAAGUACAUUACACGCAGCAGCAAAUCUCCAACAGGUGUUGGCAAGAUAUUCUUCCAAUCGUUAAUCCAACUAGGACAGUCGUUGAUUGCACCACCGCAAGAGGCAUCUGAUUUUGCUGACAUGCUGCAAGUUAUGAUAAUACUAGCCGACAAGACACAAGAUUGUGGCCAUGCCAUACUCUUCAAAGCUACAAUUGCUUGGCUUGAUAUAAUUAAAUUUCAAGUACUCGAACGGGCUUUGAAUCCCAAAAACGUUACAUCGUUAGUACCAGCCGUUACACUUGAAAACAUCAAUGCACUGCUUAAAUACCUAAGCGAAUUGUUGCAGAGCCUCGGCUAUAAGGGUAGUAAAAAUUUGACACCAUCAUGGGAUGAUGAAAUGCAAACUGAUUUGGAGGAGCUGAUCGAUGAUUUAGGCAUGGAAGAGGAUGACUCAUUUGUAGAGGACUCAGAUGAAGACAGUCUCAAUAAUAAACUCUGCACAUUUUCGCAAACUCAAAAGGAAUUCAUGAAUCAACACUGGUAUCAUUGUCACACCUGUAACAUGGUGAAUACGGUUGGCGUGUGUUCAGUAUGCGCACGCGUGUGCCACAAAGGACAUGACGUUAGCUAUGCUAAGUAUGGUAACUUCUUUUGUGACUGUGGCGCUAAGGAGGAUGGUUCUUGUCAAGCGCUCAGUCGUCGUGUCUCUUCGAGUGGUGGUGGCGGCAUUAGCAGCUCAGGUGCAGAUAGCCGUCAGCUUAUCGACUACAGUCAAAGCGCUUAUGCCAGCAAUUUGAAUGCGUUGAAUAGCAAAAAACGCGCACAAACACCUCCAACACAAAUCGCCACAUACACACAACGCAUGGAUGCGCCCAAUGAACGCAUUACUCUGCUAAUGAAAUGGUUGGGCUCAAGUCGUGAACUGUUUCAGAAUAACGAACAAUGGAGUGUAAUCGUACAUUGCAUACUCGACUUCUUGGAUGUGCUACUACCAGCCAUACGCGAGAAUUGCGCACUCUUCUCCAUUGUCGGUUGUCACAAGCGUGCCAAGACAGCAUUAGAACGUUUACAUGCGCCCGAACAGACUUUCCAAAUCACCGAUCAAUUAAUGGUGCCCACACUGGGUUCACAGGAAGGCGCAUUUGAGAAUGUACGCAUGAGCUAUUCGGGCGAUCAGGGCCAGACCAUAAAGCAAUUGCUUUCAUCUGGUCUGGUGCGUCGUGUGGCCUUGUGUUGCCUCUCCUCACCACAUGGCAAGCGUCAGCAUUUAGCUGUGUCACACGAAAAAGGAAAAGUUACAAUUCUACAAUUAUCGGCAUUACUUAAGCAAGCAGAUGCUGCCAAACGUAAACUUACACUCACACAACUCUCGUCGGCGCCUAUACCGUGCACAGUACUCUCACUAACAGCCAAUCCGGCGAAUGAAGACUGUUUAGCCGUUUGUGGUUUGAAGGAAUGUCACAUUCUAACAUUCUCCAAUAGUGGCGCUACCAAUGAACACAUUGUCUUGACACCGCAGCUCGAGAAUGGCAACUUUAUUAAGAAAGCCAAUUGGCUGCCCGGUUCGCAGACUAUGUUGGCGCUUGUUACAGCAGAUUAUGUGAAAAUCUACGAACUGUCUGAAGAUUCUUAUAGUCCCAAAUAUUAUUUCCUUGUAGCAAUUGGCAAAAUUCGCGAUUGCACAUUUGUUUACCAAGAUGGCGUAUAUUACAUGUUGAUCAUAGCCUCGUCUGGCUAUAUUUACUACCAGAAAUUGGAUGACCAGAGUUUAGCCAAACAUGGCGAUUUCUAUGUAACCAAUACUUUGGAACUAAAUCAUCCACACAUCAAGGAUGUAAGUGGACAAGUGGGCGGCGGUGGUGUAUCAAUUUAUUAUUCGCACACACUGCAACUGCUGUUCUUCAGUUAUUCGGUUGGACGCAGUUUCAUGGCACCCCUCACCGAUGUCAAUAAGGGUGUGAAGAGCAUAACACAUCUACAGACUGCACCCGCAUCUAAGAACUCAUCUAAAGGACCGCCACAGCCAUUGUGUCAAUGGACCGAAAUAACUGGACAUCCUGGUUUAAUUUGCUCUAUGAUGCACACCUCCAACAAUCCAGUCAUUUUCAUGUUCACACCAGAACGCAUACUAAUGCAAGAGAUCAAAGCACAAUCGUCGAAAUCACGCAUAAUGGAUAUGGUGGCCAUACGUCACACAGUUGCUGGUGUAGAGAAAACAACGCUCAUACUUCUAUGCGAAGACGGCAGUUUACGCAUAUUUACCGCUCAGCCGGAAAACACCAGCUUCUGGUUAUCACCACAAGUCCAACCCUUUGGCAAUCAAUUGUACUCUUCAACGUUGUUUGCAAAAUGUAAUUCUAACAAAAAAUCGAAACGCAAAACAACUAAUCAACAAAAAACUGUCGGCCCCAAUGGCGCACCCAUAUUUCCCAUUGAUUUCUUCGAACAUUGCACGAUGCUAUCGGACGUGGAGUUCGGCGGCAAUGAUUUGCUACAAAUUUAUAAUAAGCAAAAACUUAAAACGCGUCUCUUCUCCACUGGCAUGUUUGUAGCGUCUACAAAACCCACCGGCUUUACACUGGAAGUAUACAAUAACGAUCCGAAUACAGUAAUUGUGGGUAUACGCGUGCUGCUAGGCACACAGGAUGCAUUACGUGCGCCACAAACCGUAACGGUAUUGGGACGCACUAUACCCACGGUUGUACGCCGUGCACGCUGGUUCGAUAUACCCUUGACGCGUGAAGAGAUUCUACAAUCAGACAAAUGUUUAAAAGUUAUCUUCGGCAAAUCGCAGGAUCCCGAGAAUGUCAGUAUGUUGGAUAGCAUUGAAGUGUAUGGCAAAUCAAAAGAUUUAGUUGGCUGGCCAGAUGACAGCGAUGAUACAGCCGGUAACGUUGUGGCGGGCACUGCCGGCAACGCCAACGCUAACUUCAACGGUCAGCUAUCUGCGGCAAAUUUCGGUGAGGGCUUCACAUCUAUAAAUAAUUUGGAUAAAAUGGUUACAAAUCUACUGGAAGUGCUAGACUAUUCACUAAAUUUGCUUGGCGGCAGUAAUGUAACGGCAACUAUUAAACAAGAAGCAAUUAAAACGGCAACAUCAUUGCUGCUAUUACCCACACCAAAUCAAGUGCAAGCGCAAUCGCGCUAUGUUUUAGCCACAUUAUUCGGUAAUCGCAACGCCUAUCAUUCUUACAAAGACAACGAGGUUAUACACUAUGUAAAUGCCGAAUUGCAGGCGUUAAAGAGCAAAUUAAAUUCGCCAGAAACGGUGCGUGAUGUGGAUCCGGAGGCUUUCUAUCGUCUAGUCUUGUUGGUACGCAGUAUUGCAAUGUCACGUCCACAAUCGCUCACAAAGAUUUGUCUGGAUAACAAAAUUGAACUCGUCCAAGACAUACUUGAGUUUGUUGAAAAGUUAUAUCAAAUCACACCACAUGUCGACGAGCCGACAUCUAUCGUUAGACGUGGUCUUAGUCAUACCGAAACUAUUGUGCAUUGUUUAGUAGAAAUAAUGCAUGCGUUUGCGCUCUCCGAUGCCGAUCAAGUGGAACGCAUGACCAAGUACUUUAUAGAUCUGCUAAAGAACGAAUCAAGCAUUAUAAGUCAUAGCGCCAAGGAAGCCAUUAUAUUAUUACUAAAUCCACGUUUAAAACGCCGCAAGGUUGCUAUUGUAACACCACCGAUUUGCUCGACACCCACACCUUCUAACACAACUGGCACGAUAACGUCCGCGAAUUUAACAACGCUAGCCGUUACUGGCGCAGCUGAAGUCGCCGCCGACGAGGUAUUGGAAGCAGCUGCAGCUGCUAUUGGUGGUCCCUCGGCUGCUGUAGUGGGUCGUAGUAAUAGCGCUGAAUUUGUGGAUGCUGGCGCAAUAGAUCCGCUUGCACACGAUGCUGGACAUCAACUAUUAAAUUUGGAGGCCUUUAUGGGUGGCGGUUUUCCACAACUUUUAGGUUUACAACAGGACGCCGACGAUGAAGCAAUUAUGGACUUAGCGAUUGCUCUAAGUUUGCAACAACAUGACGGCGAAGGUUUGCAAUCAUUGCAACAAGGUCUGGCAAAUCUGCAGGGUAUGCGAAAUGCCGGCAAUUUACAUAAUUUACAAGCGCUUGAAGGCAAUAAUAUUGGUAUGGCGGCGAAUGCAGCAAGCGUCUCAGCUGGUGGCUCCGAUGAUGAAGGUUCCAAUGUAGCCACCGAUGGUUCUACAUUGCGUACAUCACCGGCUGAACCCGCCGGAAGUGGUGGUUCAGAAAGUGGUGGUAGUGGAGUGGAGAGUAUUGGUGGCACAUCUGGACGUAGUAGCACAUAUGGCGAUCAGGCUAAUGCUUCGCCACCGCGUUCGGCAAAUGCAGCAUCUAACAUAAAUUUAAGCAGCAAAUCAAAUACAAAUGCUGGCGCAGUAGGCGGCACCGAUGAGCCGGUUGCUAGCACUAGCGCAGCAGCAGCCGCCGUUACGAGCGUGCCAAACGAAGAGUUGGUCUCUGAGGAUGAAAAUUUAGCCAAAUUGCACGAUUUGAGAAUUUCAAUUUUGGAGAAUAUCAUCCUCAAUCUACAAACUUUCGAUAGUUGCAAUGGUGUGCAAGCUAUACCAUUAAUACAAGUAAUACUUAUGUUGACAACCGAUCUGAAUGGCAAUAACGAACGCGAUCAAAAGGUGUUAAAUGAACUUUUAUCAGCGCUUGUGGACUAUGUCGAAAUGGACUCAAUUUCGAACACUUUCAAGAUGAAGGAUCGCAGCGGUAAAAACGAAGUUCGACUUGUGUUGCUCUGUCUCUUCGGCGUAUUAAUGGGAAAGACCAAGUCCAAGCAGGCAGGCACUACAUCACCACCACAUCAAUUCAAGGAUAACGCAUCAUUUGUAGCCAGCACCACAGCUAGUAUACUCAGCAAUAACGGCGCAUUUACAUUCUCAUUGGUCGUAAUGGAAUCACUACUGGAACACUGGAAACGUGUAUCUAGCGAACAGAGUGCAAAUGGCAACAACGCUAUUGUAGCUGUUGGUACGCCAAAUGCUAGCGCUGCAACAACAUCAACAAAAACUAAUCUACUCAAACCGAUACGACAUGGCGCUAAACCAGAUAUUUCUAUGCUAAUACCACAUAACUAUUUGAAAAAUUAUCCCGAUAUCUUUGAUUCAUACGAUGCCUUACUAACGGAGAUUUCCGUACGUUUGCCAUAUCAAAUCUUACGACUUUCGGCCACACAUCCUGGUCCCUAUGAUUGGUAUCACAACUAUUGUGAGAACAUGACUUACACACUGUGCGAAUAUAUGAUGCUGAAUUUGAAUGCAUUGCUGCGGCGACAAGUACGCAAAUUACUCAUGUAUAUUUGUGGUAAUAAAGAGAAAUUCCGCAUGUUCCGCGAUGGACACUCGCUGGAUGUGCACUUCAAUUUUGUUAAGGAGAUCUGCAGUCUAUUUAAUACGAAGAAUUUAGUGCUUUCAAAUCAAUCUAUACCGAUCCUUAGCUAUGACUCACUCGUCGAACUUACCGAACAUUUGCGCACUUGUCAAGAGAUCAGCCAAAUACGCACGGGUAAUUGGCAAAAGUUCUGCCUCAUUCAUGAGGAUGUGAUACCCGUAUUGAUUGAGAUCGCUUGCUAUCAACUGGACGAUGGCGUUUCACCGAUUCUACUGCAACUACUACAAGCAGCGCUUUGCAAUAAUAUACAGGCCGUCAAACAACAGCAACAACAACAACAACAAACGCCAGGCACAUCAUCCAAAUUGCGUGCAGAACGUGAGAAGUCGGAAGACAUAGAAAUCUCAUUUGAUUCGAAAUUCGAUCCAGCUCAUUGUAGCACAUUCGUACAUCAGAUAUUCCGUUUUGUUUCUGAUACAUUGUUGAAUAAAUUUGUGCGCAUUUUUCUACUGGAGACAAACAUCACAUCGAUACGUUGGCAAGCGCAUUCAUUGAUAUUCGCCAUUUAUGAAAACUCCAAUGAUCGCCAGAAAGAGAAAUUAAUUAGUAUUUUAUGGAACAUGUGGCCAUUGGUACCGGCUUUCGGCAGACGUACAGCACAAUUUGUGGACAUACUUGGCUAUUUGACGCUCAGCACAAAAUCCAUUGUUGACAAGUUGCCAGAGUACACAGAGAAAGCGGUUGAGGUAUUGCGUCAACAAAACGAUUUACUUUCGAAGCAUCCGAAUGCACCAAUCUAUACUACACUUGAACAAAUACUGCAAAUGAACGGCUAUUAUUUAGAAUCAGAACCGUGUCUUGUAUGCAAUAACCCCGAAGUAGCCAUGGCCAAUAUUAAAUUGCCAUCAAUUAAAUCAGAUUCGAAAUUCACCACAACCACAAUGAUCGUGAAGUUGGUACAAAGUCAUACAAUUUCCAAGAUGGUUGUGCGCAUUGCUGAUUUGAAACGUACAAAAAUGGUGCGUACCAUCAAUAUUUACUACAACAACCGUACUGUACAAGCGGUAGUGGAGCUGAAGAAUCGUCCAGCUAUGUGGCAUAAAGCACGCUCAGUGCCAUUACAAUCCGGUCAAACUGAGGUGAAAAUUGAUUUUCCUCUACCGAUUACCGCUUGUAAUUUGAUGAUAGAAUACGCUGAUUUCUACGAGACCGUAACUGGUUCCAGCGAAAAUUUGCAAUGUCCACGCUGCAGUGCCGCAGUUCCCGCCUAUCCGGGUGUCUGUGCCAACUGUGGUGAAAAUGUAUUUCAAUGUCAUAAAUGUCGCGCCAUCAAUUAUGAUGAAAAGGAUCCAUUCCUUUGUCAUUCUUGUGGUUUCUGCAAAUAUGCCAAAUUUGACUUUAGCAUAUAUGGACGCGUUUGUUGCGCCGUAGACCCCAUCGAAUCGGCAGAGGACCGCGCUAAAACAGUGCAAAUUAUACAUUCCUCAUUGGAGCGCGCCGAUCGAAUUUAUCGCCAAUUACAAACUAACAAACAAAUGCUAGAAUUACUUAUACAAAAGGUAGCCGAACAUCGUUGUUCCGAUCGGCUGGUGGAUGACAAUCUUGGCACUGUGCAUAGCACUUCACAAGUGAAUAAAAUCAUACAGCUUUUGGCGCAAAAAUACUGUGUGGAAUCGCGUAGCUCAUUCGAAGAAUUAAGUAAAAUAGUACAGAAGGUGAAGGCAUGUCGCAGUGAAUUGGUCGCUUACGAUCGCAGUCAACAAGAUCAAUCGCACAAUUCUCAAAGCAUGGAUAUGCGUGAAAAUUAUGCCAUAAACCGUUGUUACGGUUGCGCAUUAGCCUCUACAGAGCAAUGUCUUACCCUACUGCGUGCCAUGGCCUCCAACUAUGAUUGUCGUAUAGGUUUGUAUUCACAGGGUUUGGUCGAAGAAUUAGCCCAACACAACCUACGUCGUGGCACACCACAAAUACAAGAUGAAGUUCGCAAUUUACUUGUGCUAUUGACCAAGAAUAAUCAGUAUGCUUGUAUGAGUUUGUUGGAUUUGAUUACUGAACGUGUGAAAACCGCAUUAUUGGGCGCUAUACCUUUGGCCAAUUUGGAUGCAGCCAUACACCAUGAAAUGGUUUUGCUUGAGGUGCUGAUCGCACAAGACGAUUUUUGCUGGGAGAAUAAAUUGAAAGUGGUAUUCGAGCUGUUCCUCGUAACAUGUCGUGCAACACGUGGACCCGCUAUAUCGGUUAUUCAACCUUGUUUGAGAAUAAUGCAAGCACUAAUUUGCCCUACAAUACCGACAAGUAAAAUAAAUCGCGAUUUAAGCCCUUCACAAUUAUCCACAAUCACCAGUAUUGACGGUCUUACGGUCAACUUCAAUAAGUGGUUAAGUGGCGAUCCACAGCACUCAUACGAAGCCUGGAAAACUCGCAUGCCAGCUAACACAGCAGCAAAGACUCGCAAAGGCUUUACAAGCGCCGGCGGAAACUCGACAGCUACUACAGCUGCCGCCGCCGCCUCAUCUAUACUCCCAGAUGAUCGUAUGUUGGCCGCAAUGCUACAAUCGGUAGUCGAACAAAAUACUGGUGCGAACAGUGGCAAUGUUGCAAUGCCCGCAACCGAACCGACAGACUCAGCAAAGAAGAAACGUCAAUUAGUACGCGAAUUCUAUUUGUCUGAGAAGUAUGGCCGUCGUUGGCGUAAUCGUGUACUAAAUAAAGAACACAUUAAUGCACCACUAGUGCUAAACGCAAAUUGGUUGCAACCCAUUCUAUUCAAUACUAAUUCACGUUUCGGUCGUCAAUUGGCAUGCUCACUCAUCACCUCGUUGAGCCGUACACAUGAACGUAAACGUGAGAUAUUAAACCUGUUGACCGGCUUUCUUAAGUAUGUAGGCGAGGCGGGUGAAGCGAGUGCAGAAUUUUUGGCGCUGUAUCGUGCGCUUGCCUCCGACACACCAUGGCGUCAAUAUUUAGCAUUGAAGGGUGUACUUGUAGAAGUCUCGCAAUUAUUAACAGCCGAAAUUGUUAAGAUACAUCGCUUGGAAGAGACCACAUUAUCAUCGGACUUGUCACAAGGUUAUGCAUUGCGUCAAUUUGUAGAAUUACUAUCGCUCUUCCUUGAGAGCUCCACCAUACGGCAGGCGUACAAGACACGUCUACUUGGACCCGUACUCGAGGGUUAUUUAUCGCUACGCAAAUUGGUUGUGCAACGUACGCGCCUUAUCGACGAUGCACAAGAGAAAUUGUUGGAAAUGUUGGAAGAGAUGACCAGCGGCACCGAGGAGGAAACGCGCGCAUUUAUGGAAAUUCUAAUCGAUACAGUCGAAAAAACGCGUAUGAAUGAUAUUAAGACACCGGUAUUUAUUUUCGAGAGACUCUACUCCAUUAUACAUCCAGAAGAGAAUGAUGAAAGUGAAUUCUUUAUGACGCUUGAGAAGGAUCCACAGCAGGAAGAUUUCUUACAAGGACGCAUGUUGGGCAAUCCAUAUCCCUCAACCGAGGUAGGACUGGGACCGCUUAUGCGCGAUGUGAAAAACAAAAUUUGUACCGAUUGUGAGUUGAUAGCGCUGUUAGAGGAUGAUAAUGGCAUGGAAUUAUUGGUGAAUAAUAAAAUCAUCAGUUUGGAUUUACCCGUAAAGGAUGUCUACAAAAAGGUGUGGUUAGCAGAGGGCGGUGAACGUGAUGCUAUGCGUAUUGUAUAUCGCAUGCGUGGCCUAUUGGGCGACGCUACUGAAGAGUUUGUUGAGACACUAAACAAUAAGAGUCAAGAAGAAGUGGACACCGAACAACUUUAUCGCAUGGCGAAUGUAUUGGCUGAUUGUAACGGUUUAAAAGUGAUGCUCGAUCGUAUUGGUAGUUUGCAGAAUAUAUCACGCACACGCGAAUUGAUACAAGUACUAUUGAAAUUGUUCCUUAUUUGCGUAAAAGUGCGCCGUUGUCAAGAAGUGUUGUGUCAACCGGAAUUAGGUGCGAUCAACACAUUGCUUAAGGUAUUGCAGGUGUGUCUACAAUCAGAGAACGAUUCGAUACAAUCAUCAGUGACCGAACAAUUAUUGGAAAUAAUGGAGACUAUACUCUCCAAGGCGGCAAAUGAUACAUUAGACUCAUUUUUGCAAUUCUCACUCACUUUUGGCGGACCCGAGUAUGUAUCGGCAUUGAUUUCUUGUACCGAUUGUGCCAAUGUACGCAACAAUCCAUCGGUACUGCGUCAUCUUAUACGCGUACUUGCAGCGCUAGUUUAUGGCAAUGAGGUGAAAAUGGCAUUAUUGUGUGAGAACUUCAAGGAAAUACUCGAUUUCAAUCACUUCGAUAGUGAACGUACACCCGAGGAGGAAUUCAAGAUGGAACUGUUCUGCGUACUAACCAACCAAAUAGAGCACAAUUGCAUUGGUGGCACCUUGAAAGACUAUAUAGUUGGAUUGGGCAUUGUGGAACGUGCCAUCGCCUACAUAACAAAUCAUGCACCCUGCGUGAAACCCACAUUGCUGCGCACAGACUCAGACGAAUUGAAAGAAUUCAUUUCACGACCCAGCCUUAAGUACAUACUACGUUUCCUUACUGGUCUCGCUAGCAAACAUGAGGCUACACAGCUUGCUAUCAGCAAAGAUAUUAUACCAAUCAUACAUCGGCUUGAACAAGUAUCCAGCGAUGAGCAUGUCGGUAGUUUGGCUGAAAAUCUACUAGAGGCUUUGUGCACUGAUGAAGCGACUGCCACACGAGUACAGGAAGUACGUGAUUUCACACGCGCCGAAAAGAAACGUUUAGCGAUGGCUACACGUGAAAAACAGCUGGACGCACUUGGCAUGCGUACCAAUGAAAAGGGUCAAGUAACAGCUAAGGGAUCGAUACUGCAAAAGAUUGAAAAAUUACGUGAUGAGACUGGUCUCACCUGCUUUAUAUGCCGUGAGGGUUACGCCUGCCAGCCAGCCAAAGUACUUGGCAUCUAUACAUUUACGAAACGCUGCAAUGUGGAGGAAUUUGAAUUGAAAUCACGCAAGACUAUCGGUUACACCACUGUUACACACUUCAAUGUGGUGCACGUGGACUGUCACACUUCCGCUAUACGUUUGGCACGUGGUCGUGACGAAUGGGAACGCGCUAGUUUACAAAAUGCCAAUACACGCUGCAACGGUUUGUUGCCACUUUGGGGUCCAGACGUUUCCGAAGCCGCUUUCUCGGCAUGCAUGACACGCCACAGCAGUUAUAUGCAGGAGAGUACACAGCGUUGUGACAUUUCCUUCCCCAGCAGCAUACACGAUCUCAAAAUGUUAUUAAUGCGUUUCGCUUGGGAACGUAGUUUCCAUGAUGAUGCCGGCGGUGGUGGUCCACAAUCAAAUAUGCACUUUGUGCCCUACUUACUUUUCUAUGCAGUAUACUUAUUAUUGUCCUCUCGCUCAGCAGCACGUGAUUGCAAAACGUUGAUUGCAUACUUGACAGCAGCGCCAUCAGACAAGUGGUUGGAAUGUGGUUAUGAGGUCGAGGGUCCACUGUAUAUGUUGACCAUUUCGUUAGCACUACACAGUCACGAAACGUGGAAUAAGCACAAGUUGGCUCACCUAAAACGUUUGAUAGCUGUAGCGCAAGCGCGUCACAUUUCACCGUCUGUAUUAUGCAAAGCAUUACUUUCGCCGAGCGAUCGCCAGACCAAGGAUUAUAGCGUUUAUCGUCCGUUCUUUAUGAUGUGGGCACUCAUCGAUUUAACUUAUAGCGUUCUAUUCAAGUCGGUGAGCACACCGAAAGAGGAGGACUGGUCGAUUUCUUUAUUCGAUUAUAUACGUAAAAAUGACGAAGCUAUGCUAAAGUCAACCGAUACGAUUUUGCAAACUUUCACCGAUGAAUAUCUACCGUGCACAUCUUUCGGCGAAUUUUGCGAUGUAGCUGGUUUAUUGCAUUUGAUUGAGAAUCCCGAUGGAUUUAUUGAUGAGGUUUUGGCUGCACUACCCACAACUUCGACCGCUUGAAUUAACGAGCAUAUACUUAUACAAUAAAUUUAUUAACCAAUAUGCUUCUAAUUGUCGAUUGCAAAGCAUACCGUUGUAGCACUGAAUUCCCUAAUUUGCUUCAAAUGCGUUCAUUACACACAUUGUUACUGAAUGUUUAUUGCAAAUUUAAUCUCAAUAAAUCUUAGCGUUCCAUACUUAAUAAA